CUGGAUUAAUUACCUCUGUUACUCUGAGGAAAUAUACUGCCACCAUGAGCCAGACUGUCUCUAUGAACAACAAUCAGUUGUAUUGGUUGGCCAAACAUCUCGGACAUACAAGGGACGUGCAUUUGGGGAGCUACAGACAAAUGUCAACCGGCAUUGAGAAACUUCACAUAGCAAAGCUCUUACUGAUCCAAGACCUAAACCGUACACAAAUAUUCAGAGGACAGGACAUUGACAAGCUAAACAUAGAAGAUAUUGUCUUAAAUGGUGUUGAGGCCGCUGAGCAUUCAAUGAGUUGUGUCGAGGACGUUGAGCCUUCAAGUAAAAAUCAAGAAAAUACAUCAGUACAGAUGGUUGACACUUAUGACGACAACUGUUUUGAAGAAAAACAAGUUCAAAAUACUACAAGCAAAAGGGUAAAAUGGUCAAACCAAGAAAACAAGGAACUAGAAAAGUACCGUGGGAAGUAUUUGCUUGAAAAACGCACACCAGGCUAUAAUACUGUUCAAUCUAUAAAGCAAAAGAACAAAAUCCUUCUCAGACUUUCAAAUGACAAAAUUGUAAAAAAGAUAAGUGCCAUGAACCAUAAAAAAAAUGUUAAAAAGUGAAAAAUGAACCAAACAUUUUUGCAUUUUGCAUUGUUCAAUCUAUUAAGCAGACUUUCCCAGGUGCGGCAUGGUUGCUCACCGUGGAUAUGAUAAUUUGAGUCAUAAAUAUGAAAACAUAUUUCAAAGACAGUAUUUUGACAGUAUUGGGAUCGUUGUGGCAAUUUUGAUCAAAAUAAUUAUGUAGAUACUGGAUGAAUUAGCAUAUAUGUUACUGUACCUCCUGUGAAAUAUAAUGUGUC